AUGCCUCCUACAUAUGAUUCAUCUUGGUGGAAGCUUUGUCUUCGCUGCCGGAAGCUUCGUCUCCGCCCCAGCUUCAUUUUGGUAGUUCGUUCAUCGAAAAUGAUGGUCGGACGACUAACUUCUGAUGUGAUGGCGCAAGGAAGAAGAAGGAGGAAGAAGAAGAAAGGAGGAAGAAGGAUGGAGGGUAUUUUCUACUUCUCUAUAAGCACUAGUCUCUCAAUGGCUUUCCCACUUCUCAGAACCCUCAUCACUGCUUGCAAAUACCUACUCAGAUGUGCAUUUUUGUUUCUCAUUCAUGUUGCUGUGAAACUUAUCUGUACUGACACUCUACAGUUAUUUUCUUCAUCAUCGUCACCACCACCACAACCUUCUCUAGCCCAAGAAAUUAUCACUAAAGAGUUGGAGUUCAGCAUAAUUCAGUUCAGAGACUACAUCAAUUUGAUGAUGACAAAACUCAACAAGGCUCUUGAUGGAAUAGUACCAUUUAAGCUCCAUCAAAAACUCGCACAAAUCGCAAUUUCAGUUCUCAAAAUCCUCCUCCGUACUUACAAAAGCAUGCUUAUCCAUGUCCUAAUUUUCCUUCUCAAACAUGUUGCUCUCAAGUUCAUUUUGGCCCAAAUUGACUCACCCUGUUCAGAUCCAGGAAGACCCAACAAGAAUUUCACUUCUGUGGAGCUGGAGUGUGGGGAAUCAGGCGAGUUUAAACUCAAAGAUUACAUGAACUCGAAGCUCAAAAGAGUGAACAGAGCACUUGACGAGGCAGUCCCAUUAAGAUCCCCCAAAAAGAUUCGCGAGGCGAUGAGGUUCUCGCUUCUUGGUGGAGGAAAGCGUGUACGCCCAAUACUCUGUAUCGCUUCGUGUGAAUUAGUGGGUGGAGAUGAAGCUUCAGCAAUGCCAAUCGCCUGUGCGAUGGAGAUGAUUCACACUUGUUCAUUGAUCAUCGAUGAUCUUCCUUGCAUGGACAACGACUAUCUCAGGCGAGGGAAUCCCACAAACCACAAAUUGUUCGGCGAAAAAGUUGCAAUUCUCGCUAGUGCCGCGCUCUUCUGUCUUGCAUUUGAGCACAUAGGGUCCGAGACCAUACAUGUUCCUUCGGAACGGGUGGUUGGAGCCAUCGUGGAGAUGGUUUCAGCGAUCGGGUUGGACGGGCUCGUGGCGGGACAAUUUGGGGAUCUUGAAUGUGAAGGGAAGGAAGUGAGUUUGGAGGAAUUGGAGUAUAUUCAUUUGCACAAGACCGCGAGGCUAUUAGAGGCGUCGGUUGUUUGUGGAGCGAUAAUUGGAGGGGGGAAUGUGUCGGAAGUGGAAAGCCUUAAAAAGUAUGGGAGUCGUAUUGGGUUGUUGUUUCAAGUGGUGGACGAUAUUUUGGAUGUGACACAGUCGACGGAGGAGUUGGGGAAGACUGCAGGGAAGGAUUUGACAAGCGACAAGGCUACUUUUCCGAAACUGAUGGGGCUUGACAAUGCGAGGAGUUUUGCGCAAAAGCUGGUUGAUCAAGCGGUGGAAGAGCUUGCGCAUUUCGACGCUGCAAGGGCUGCACCUUUGUACCAUUUGGCACAUUUCAUCGCUGACCGUCAAAACUAGUGGUGGGUGGUGUUGUUGUAAAACCUUCAUUGGAUGGAGUCCCGACCAAAAUCAUGUUUUAAUCGUGUGUAUCCUCAUGUCAUGAUGUCUCUCUCCUGCAUAUUGUCGUCUUCUUCUUUUAUUUUUAUGCUG